AUGGGGUUCAACUGCGUCCGCCUCACGUACCCGAUCGCGCUGGCCACCAACGCCUCGCUGUCGGCGCUCACCGUGCGGCAGUCCCUCCUCGCCCACGGCCUCUCCGAGACGGUCGGCGGCGUCGAGGUCAACAACCCCAGCUUCCUCGACCUCACGCUCAUCGACUCGCUCAAGGCUGUGGUGAACGCCCUGGGGGAGAAGAACGUGAUGGUGAUCCUGGACAACCAUAUCAGCACGCCGGGGUGGUGCUGCAGCAACGACGACGGCAAUGGGUUCUUCGGCGACAGGGACUUCGACCCAAACGUGUGGGUGGACGGGCUGGGCAGCAUGGCCACCACCUUCGCCGACGUGCCCAACGUCGUCGGCAUGAGCCUGCGGAACGAGCUCCGUGGCCCCAGGCAGAACUCCGAAGAUUGGUACACGUACAUGCAGAGGGGCGCGGAGGCGGUUCACGCGGCGAACCCUCGGGCGCUGGUGAUCAUGGGCGGCCUGAGCUACGACUACGACCUCUCGUUCCUGGCCGCGCGGCAGGUUGGGGUCAGCUUCGCGGCGGAGAACAAGCUGGUGUUCGAGGUGCACUGGUACAGCUUCUCGGACGCGCGCGCGUGGGAGGCGGAGGGCGCCAACGAGGUGUGCGGCCGCGCGGCGCGCGACUUCGCGCGCCGCGGCGCGUUCCUGCUCGCCGGGGGAUUCCCGCUCUUCCUCAGCGAGUUCGGCGCCGACUCCCGCGGCGGCGACCGCAAGGACAACCGCUACUUCCCGUGCGCCGCCGCCGUCGCCGCGGAGCACGACGUGGACUGGGCCUACUGGGCGCUGCAGGGCAGCUACGCGCUGCGGCAGGGCGUCGUCGGGAUGGACGAGGUGUACGGCGUCCUCGACUGGUCAUGGAGCAAGCCCCGCAACCAGACCGUGCUCCCGAGGAUCCAGGCGCUGCAGCGGCCGCUCCAGGGGCCUGGCUACGGCGAGGCGCUGCCGUACACCGUGCUGUUCCACCCGCUCACGGGUCUCUGCGCGGUGCGGCGCGCGUCGGCGGCGGCGGCGACGACGCUGGAGCUAGGCCCGUGCAACGAGACGGACGCGUGGGCGUACGCGCCGCCGUCGUCGACGCUUGUUCUGAGGGACGCCGCGGCCGCGGCGGGGGGACUCCCCACGUGCCUGCGGGCCGAGGGGCGUGGCCAGCCCGCGCGGCUCGGCACCAACGCCUGCGGCGACCCCCUGUCGACAUGGCGCCUGGCGACGGACUCCGCGAUGCACGUCGCCGUCGACGCCGCUGCUCUUGGGCUGGGCGGCGGCGAGGACGGCGGCGGCGGAAGUGGGAUGCUGUGCCUGGACGUGGGCACAGACGGCAGGAGCAUCGUGACGAACCCGUGCGCGUGCCAGCGCGGGGACGGGGCGUGCGACCCGGAGGGGCAGUGGUUCAAACUGGUCACCAGCACGAGGCGCGUCGCGCGCAGGCCGGCCAUGCUCGCCUAGAUCCAACUGCAACUCUGGAACACUUGCUAGCUGGGUAUGUGGGUUCAUUAGGAUCAUAGGCGCGCUAUUGGUUGGUGCGCUACGAAGUGUGUAGGAUGAACACCGGAGUCAGCAGACGGGAUGACGUAUGCCGAUCUUCUGACAGUUAAGGGGGGGAAAAGAGAUGAAAGAAUCUAGUACUACUAAAUUGAUCUAAGGAAUUGAUUAAACAGGAGCUAUGGAACAAACUCGUUCUGCUGCGCUUCCAUAAUCUUUCCUGAUUCAUUCCUUGCGCUCAGUCCUCUCUUGACAAAUUUGGUAUUUAGCUUAAACCUCCAAUUUCGAAAACUUUAAACUCAUCGAAUGCGCCUUUACGAAAUCAUCUCCAUGGGAAAAUCAGAAUGUUCUCUUCUUGUCACCCCACAAAAAAGUCUGCCAGGCCAAGUUUGCCUGCCACUUAAAAAAAAGGUCUCUGAAAAUAUUCUGUGAGGUAGUGUUCAUGGGCCUCUAGUUAUUUUAAGAAGAGAGAUAAAAAGAGCUCCA